ACAAGGUAGUUAAGGGACUAUUUUGCAUUUACCGAUAACCCUAAACCCUUGUCUUCUACACAUCAUUUCAUACUUUCACUCACUCCUGCUGCUUCCCCUUAACGCCACCACUCCGAUCAACUUCCGGCAAUCAAUCUUUCACCGUUGCUAUUUGUUCAUGCCAUAAUGCCUGCAUCGUUAGAGAUCACAGCAGCAGAGUUCUUACAAGGUUCAAAAAGUUGUAAACUUUACUUGCCUAAACCCUUACCAAAGGGUAGAAAUUCCCAUUUGCUGUUCGGUUCGACUCGCCGUAAAAGAAACAGUUCUGUGAGAGUAUGCAGUCAAGGUGUUCGACGAAAUGCGUCUGAGAAAAUCCGGGCUGUGGUGUCGGUGGACUCGCAACGGUUAGGUAGUGUGGAUGAUUUCGAAACUGAAAAAGUGAUUCAUUUUUUCAGAACUCCGUUGAUUCAAGAUAGCGCGGCCGAUGAGUUGCUCAAGUCGGUUCAAACAAAGAUAUCGGAUAAGAUUGUCGGGUUGAAAACCGAACAGUGUUUUAACGUCGGGGUUGAUGAAGAUCUGUCAAACGAGAAGCUUUCGGUGCUGAAAUGGCUUCUGCAAGAGACGUACGAGCCGGAGAAUUUAGGGGAUGAAAGUUUUAUCGGUAAAGAGACUAACGGCGGGUUUAAGACAGUGGUUGUUGAAGUUGGUCCGAGGUUAUCGUUUACGACAGCUUGGUCUGCAAACGCUGUGUCCAUAUGUCACGCGUGUGGGCUGUCGGAAGUCAACCGGUUAGAACGGUCAAGGCGGUAUCUUUUAUACGUUAAAGCCGAAAGCGCAACGCUUCUAGAUAGUCAGAUCGUCGAGUUUGCUGCAAUGGUGCAUGAUCGAAUGACCGAAUGCGUCUAUCCAAACAAACUCGUUUCGUUCAAAACGAGUGUAGUUCCAGAGGAGGUUUAUUACGUACCCGUAAUGGAAAACGGGCGGAAAGCGUUGGAGGAAAUUAACCAACGAAUGGGGUUAGCGUUUGACGAACAAGAUUUACAAUACUACACUAAACUGUUUAAAGACGAUAUUAAACGAGACCCAACGAACGUUGAGCUUUUCGAUAUCGCACAGUCGAACAGCGAGCACAGCCGGCACUGGUUUUUUACCGGAAAGAUUGUCGUAGACGGUCAACCGAUGAACAAGACGUUAAUGCAGAUCGUAAAGAGCACGUUAAAAGCAAACCCUAAUAAUUCGGUGAUUGGGUUUAAAGACAACUCAAGUGCGAUCAAAGGGUUUUUAGCGAACCCGUUACGACCUACUCAGCCCGGUACUACAUCUUCAUUAACCCCGGUUACGCGUGAUCUCGACAUUCUGUUUACAGCCGAGACGCAUAAUUUCCCGUGUGCGGUUGCACCGUUCCCCGGUGCGGAAACGGGUGCGGGAGGGCGAAUUAGGGAUACGCACGCAACGGGUCGGGGGUCUUUCGUUGUGGCGUCGACAGCUGGAUAUUGUGUCGGGAAUCUUAAUAUCGAGGGCGCGUACGCUCCGUGGGAAGAUGAAUCUUUCGACUAUCCAUCGCAUCUAGCUUCACCGUUACAAAUACUCAUUGACGCAAGCAACGGUGCGUCAGAUUACGGUAACAAAUUCGGUGAACCAUUGAUUCAAGGGUACACAAGAACGUUCGGAAUGCGGCUUCCAAGCGGCGAGAGACGCGAAUGGUUGAAACCAAUUAUGUUUAGCGCAGGUAUCGGGCAAAUCGAUCAUACCCAUAUAACGAAAGGCGAGCCCGAAAUCGGGAUGUUGGUUGUUAAAAUCGGUGGGCCCGCUUAUCGAAUAGGAAUGGGAGGUGGGGCCGCGUCGAGUAUGGUUAGUGGACAGAACGACGCUGAGCUGGAUUUUAACGCUGUCCAGCGUGGCGAUGCUGAGAUGGCACAGAAGUUGUACCGCGUUGUUCGUGCGUGUAUCGAAAUGGGCGAGAAUAACCCGAUUGUUAGCAUACACGAUCAGGGUGCGGGUGGUAACUGUAACGUUGUUAAAGAAAUUAUAUAUCCGGAAGGUGCUACCAUCGAUAUUCGGUCUAUCGUUGUCGGUGAUCAUACGAUGUCGGUUUUGGAAAUCUGGGGUGCGGAAUACCAAGAACAAGAUGCGAUUUUGGUCAAUGCUAAAAGCCGUAAUCUUCUGGACAGUAUCUGUAAACGAGAACGGGUGUCAAUGGCGGUUAUCGGAACUAUAAGCGGCGAAGGGUGUGUACGGUUAAUCGACAGCUACGCAACCGAAAAACCACCCGCUGUCGAUCUCGAACUCGAAAAAGUUCUCGGCGACAUGCCUCAAAAAACGUUCGAAUUUCACCGUGUAAACGAUAAACACGAACCGCUCGAAAUAGCUCCUGGGGUUACGUUACUGGAUUCACUUGAACGGGUGUUAAGAUUACCGUCAAUCUGUUCUAAACGUUUCUUAACGACUAAAGUCGAUCGUUGCGUUACCGGGCUCGUCGCCCAGCAACAAACCGUGGGUCCGUUACAGAUCACUCUCGCUGACGUGGCGGUUAUCGCGCAAACGUUUACCGAUUACACUGGUGGCGCGUGUGCGAUUGGGGAGCAACCGAUUAAAGGUUUACUCGACCCAAAAGCGAUGGCGCGUUUGGCAGUUGGAGAAGCGUUAACGAAUCUUGUUUGGGCUAAAGUAACUAGUUUAAGUGACGUGAAAGCGAGCGGAAACUGGAUGUACGCUGCGAAACUUGACGGUGAAGGUGCGUUAAUGUACGACGCUGCGGUUGCGCUUUCGGAAGCGAUGAUUGAGCUUGGUAUCGCGAUUGAUGGCGGUAAAGAUAGUCUUUCGAUGGCGGCUCAGGUUUCUGGUGAAGUGGUUAAAGCUCCUGGUAAUCUUGUAAUUAGUGCUUACGUCACGUGUUCUGAUAUAACGAAAACCGUCACACCGGAUUUGAAGCUUAAAGAUGAUGGUGUUUUGGUUCAUAUUGAUUUGGGUAAAGGAAAACGACGGUUAGGUGGCUCGGCUCUUUCGCAGGUGUUUGACCAAAUCGGCGACGAAUGUCCGGAUGUUGACGAUGUUUCUUACCUCAAAACAGUUUUUGAGGUUGUUCAAGAACUACUAACAGACGAACUAAUCUCAGCCGGUCACGAUAUCAGUGACGGUGGGCUUAUCGUUACGGUUCUCGAGAUGGCUUUUGCCGGAAACUGCGGUGUUCAAAUCGGUUUAAAUUCACACGGAAAAAGCAUAUUCGAAACGUUAUUCUCAGAAGAACUCGGUCUUGUUCUCGAGGUCAGCAAGUCAAACUUGGUCAAAGUGACAACAAUCCUUAAAAGCCGUGGCGUUAGUUCCGAAACCAUAGGGCAAGUAACCGCUGAACCAAUGAUCGGUUUAAAGAUUGAUGGAAUGACACACUUAUACGAGAAAACCGUCGAUCUUCGAGACAUUUGGGAAGAAACCGGGUUUCAUAUCGAGAAAAAACAUAAGUUAGCCGCUUGUGUGACAUCGGAAAAAGAAGGAUUAAAAAACCGACAUGAACCCGAAUGGCGGUUAACGUUUAUGCCAAAAUUUACCGAUGAGAAGUACAUGAAUGUCGUUAAUAAACCGAAAGUGGCGGUGAUUCGCGAAGAGGGUAGUAACGGUGACCGUGAAAUGUCAGCUGCGUUUUUCGCUUCAGGGUUUGAGCCGUGGGAUGUUACAAUGUCGGAUCUGUUAAACGGGUCGGUUUCGUUAAACGGGUUUCGGGGUAUCGUGUUUGUGGGCGGGUUUAGUUACGGUGACGUGCUCGAUUCCGCAAAAGGCUGGGCCGCUUCUAUACGGUUCAACUCGUCACUAUUAAACCAGUUUCAAGAGUUUUAUAACCGUACCGACACUUUUAGUCUUGGGGUCUGCAACGGGUGCCAGCUCAUGGCUCUAUUGGGCUGGAUUCCGGGCCCGAAAGUCGGUGGAACUUUAGGAACCGGUGGCGACCCGGCCCAGCCCAGAUUCAUACACAACGAGUCAGGUGGGUUCGAGUGUCGGUUCACUAACGUGACGUUAAAGGAAUCGCCAGCGAUAAUGUUUAAAGGGAUGGAAGGUAGUACGUUAGGUGUUUGGGCCGCACAUGGUGAAGGAAAAGCGUAUUUUCCCGAUAAAGUGAUUUUCGACAACGUUUUAUCAUCCGACUUGGCUCCGUUGAGAUAUUGUGACGAUGAUGGGAAAGUGACGGAAAAGUACCCGUUUAAUUUGAACGGGUCGCCGCUAGGUGUGGCAGCAAUUUGCUCGCCAGAUGGGCGGCAUCUUGCUAUGAUGCCGCACCCUGAGCGGUGUUUUAUGAUGUGGCAGUUCCCGUGGUAUCCAAAGAAUUGGGACGUUGAAAAGAAAGGCCCGAGCCCGUGGUUGAAGAUGUUUCAGAAUGCCCGAGAAUGGUGUUCUUAAUAAGCUAACUUGCGAUUUCGGUGAUUUAAGAAUUAUGUGUUUUUUUUUUUUUUGCUGAGAAUGAUGCAGAAACCUUGGUGUUUUUGGAACUGUUAUGUCUUUGAAGUAUUUACAUAAAACUUGUCAAAUGCUAUGAAGGAGAUGUUUCAUAGAACACAUAUCUUUAUGAUCUUAAUUUUCUGAUGUAAGAAACUGAGGCUUGCCACAAGGGUUUUCUUGGUGGUUUUUUGUUUCGGUUUUUAAUGAUAUUUUCGCUUCUGGCAGGCGAGUUCGCUUUAUCCUUCA